AUGAAUCUCUCCAUGAGAGAGCCCGUGAUUCCUGGGACCAGCAUGGCUUACCACCCCUUCCUACCUCACCGGGCGCCGGACUUCGCCAUGAGCGCCGUCUUGGGUCACCAGCCGCCUUUCUUCCCGGCUCUGGCGUUGCCCCCCAACGGGGCCGCCGCCCUCUCUCUGCCGGGGGCUCUGGCCAAGCCCAUCAUGGAUCAGUUAGUCGGGGCGACGGAAUCUGGGAUGCCUUUCUCGUCUCUGGGACACCAAGCCGCGGCUCACCUGAGGCCUUUGAAAACCUUGGAGCCGGAGGAAGAGGUGGAGGACGACCCCAAAGUCCACCUGGAAGCCAAGGAACUCUGGGAUCAGUUCCACAAGCGGGGCACCGAGAUGGUAAUCACCAAGUCGGGAAGGAGAAUGUUUCCACCCUUUAAAGUGAGGUGUACUGGCCUGGAUAAGAAGGCCAAAUAUAUUUUGUUGAUGGACAUAGUGGCGGCUGACGAUUGUAGAUAUAAAUUCCACAAUUCCCGGUGGAUGGUGGCCGGGAAAGCCGACCCUGAAAUGCCAAAGAGAAUGUAUAUCCAUCCAGAUAGCCCGGCGACCGGAGAACAGUGGAUGUCUAAAGUCGUGACUUUCCACAAACUUAAACUGACUAAUAACAUUUCGGACAAACACGGAUUUACGAUACUGAACUCCAUGCACAAGUAUCAGCCACGGUUCCACAUCGUCCGGGCCAAUGAUAUUCUGAAACUGCCUUACAGCACCUUCCGCACUUACGUUUUCCCCGAGACAGAAUUCAUUGCGGUGACUGCGUAUCAGAACGAUAAGAUAACUCAGUUAAAGAUCGACAACAAUCCAUUUGCCAAAGGCUUUCGAGACACAGGGAAUGGGAGGCGAGAGAAAAGGAAGCAACUGACCCUCCAGUCCAUGCGAGUCUAUGAUGAGAGGCAGAAGAAGGAAAAUGGGACAUCCGAUGAGUCCUCAAGUGAGCAGACGGCUUUCAAAUGCUUUGCCCAGUCAACCUCCCCUGCAGUAUCAACUGUGGGCACAUCUAAUCUCAAAGAUCUGUGUCCCAGCGAGGGGGAAAGCGACACGGAAAGCAAAGACGACCCCUCGGAGGCCAACGACUCCUCCGGGAAGAUCUCCACCACCACGGCUGCCAUUGCCACCAACAGCAGCUCCGGAGGAGGAGGAGGAGGAGGAGGAGACCCACGGGAGAAGAGCAGCCCCUCCAAAGUGACCCUCUUCCCCCCGGACUCGGCAGGCGGCAGAGGCAGCCGAGAGAGCGCCCCCAAGGCUCCCGCAGACUCAGCUCGCCACAGCCCGGCCACCAUCUCCUCCAGCACCCGGGGCCUCGGCGGGGAGGAGGUCAAAAGCCCGUCAAGGGAGGACUGCAGGGGCCUGGCCAAGGAGCCUUUCGCCCCCCUGACGGUCCAGACGGACAGCGCUGCCCACCUUGCCCACCAGGGCCACUUGUCCAACCUGGCGUUCUCCCAUGGCCUGGCCGGGGGGCAGCAGUUCUUUAACCCGCUGAGCAACGGGCACCCCCUGCUCCUCCACCCCAGCCAGUUCGCCAUGGGCGGCGCCUUCUCCAGCAUGGCCGGGAUGGGCCCCCUGCUGGCUACAGUCUCCGGGGCCUCGGCAGGAGUUACCGGGCUGGACAAUACGGUGAUGGCCACGGCGGCGGCUCAGGGAUUAUCCGGAGCGUCGGCAGCGGCUGCGGCAGCGGCGGCGGCUUUACCCUUUCAUCUGCAACAGCACGUCCUGGCCUCGCAGGGCUUGGCUAUGUCCCCCUUCGGAAGCCUUUUCCCUUACCCGUACACCUAUAUGGCAGCCGCGGCCGCCGCCUCGACAGCAGCCACCAGCUCCGUCCACCGCCACCCGUUCCUCAGCGCGGUGCGCCCUCGCCUGCGCUACAGCCCUUACUCCAUCCCGGUGCCCUUACCGGACAGCAGCAGCCUUCUCACCACAGCCCUGCCCGCCAUGGUCGGCGGGGCGGAAGGCAAAGCGGGCGCCUUGGCAUCCAGCCCGGCCUCGGGAGCCUUGGACUCCGGCUCCGAGCUGAACAGCCGCUCUUCCACCCUCUCCUCCGGCUCGGCCGUCUCGCUGUCGCCCAAGGUCGACAAGGAAGCCACCAGCGAGCUGCAGAACAUCCAGCGUCUAGUGAGUGGCUUGGAAUCGAAAGGAGACAGAGCUCGGAGUGGGUCGCCCUAGAGGUGGGGAGAGGAGGAAGGUCCCCUCGCAAAAACAAAAACCCCUCUCCAUCCCCCCACAGUCUCUGGGCUAGGGACCCCUCUUUCCCCCUCCCUCCCCCAUUUCUCUGGCCGCUUGCUAGAACUCGCCACUGCCUCUCCCACCUCUGGGGGGGACUGAUCAGGCAAGGUUGUGUCCUGGAGGUUGCAGGGGGCGGGGAGCGACAAGCCUGGAGGCCGCUAUCCGGACAGAGGCGAGAGGUCGCUCUUGGAAGCUGCUAUUGUGAACCAGACUGUGGUGUCCACUGGAGGGGUGGUGGUGCGCACGUGGGGUCAGCGGAUCCUGGAGAGAGGUGACCCCUAUGGCCUCCCUCCCUUGUUUGUUUCUACCCCUGUCGACACAUAACAAACGGAGAUGAAAGGAGAAGACACCGAGGAGUGAUCCCCGGUGUGUGUGUCCCCCCCCCCCUUCAAACGGAGAAAUGACUUUUUGCAUAUCAGUUCAAGCCUGACCACGGCCCAUGUCAAUCUUUGUUAAAAGAGGGGCGUGUCCCUUUAAUACUCGAGUGACGUCUGUCAGCCUCUGUAAGGCUCUGUUUGCAUGUUCCAUUCUAAGCCUCAUUAUUUUGGAGUUUUUUUUAUUAAAAAAAUGCUUGCUUAAGUUCCAAGGGAUUUUUUUUUUACCACCCCACCCCCACGUUUAUUCUCCACUUCUUCCCUUAGGAACAAUUUAAAAUGUAGUUGGAAAGAUGAGAAUUUUUUUAAAGGGCCGUAAUUUCCUUGAAGCGGUUCCCCACUCCCCCCCCCCCAAUUACUGUAUAUGCAAUAACAAGGUUUAUAAACAUAAUAAGGAAGAAAAAAGAAAGAAAGAAAGAAAGAAGUGGACACUAUGGAUAAAGUAUUUAUGUAAUUGAUGGAUAACUUGUAAAUAAGUGGCAUAUGAGUACUCGAAAUUAAAAAAUUAAUUUAUUGAUAUUGUACAUAUGUCUGUAAAUAAGGCCUGAUGCUGUCUUCUUUUAUCGUUUUCUUUCUCUCUCCAGUUGCUUUCAUUUAAAAUAAAAUAAAAUCCCUUGAAGAGAAUUUAAAACGUAUUAAGAUAGCAGGAGUCCCUCAGCGAUACACAUACACAGUGUUUACAUUUGUCAUAUUUUAUUUGGAUUCAUUAUGUCACUGGGGACAUAAUUUUGGUUGUGUAUUUACCGGAGAUAGAAUGCAAUCGGCAAAAAUAAAAUAAAUUUUAGGGCUGGAUCAACCGGGAGAGGGACGGGGAAGGAAAGAUUGUACAGUAGUGGGCAUAGCUGCCAAGUUAUCCCUUUUUUUAAGGGAUUUUCCCUUAUGCUGAAUAGGCUUCCUCGCGAGAAAAGGGAAAACUUGGCAGCUAUGAUAGUGGGACUGUUGGACUCUCCCUUCUAAAACUGGAAGCAGCGCCGUCUGUAGAAAUGGUUGAAUAAGUACGUUAAUUAAUCACCAAAGCAAUUCUGAGGCGGGUUUGUAAAAAGAGAUAGCGGGAGCGCUGGAGUUCUUGCCCAAUUUAAAAAGCAAAUAUCUCGAUUGAUUUCUCCCUCUCUUCCUCAGUACGAGAUAUACUACCGCCACUAUUCCAAACGAGGUUUUAUUUUUCUCGUGCUAAAUGUUGCCUUUGCUUGGAGGGAGUCCAUAUUUCCAUACCAUGGCUACAAAGUCUGGCGCUAAGAGCUGGGCAAAGGGGGGGGAAGAGAAAGUUUUUAAGGAUUUACUCCCCAGUAAUUACCCCCUCACUUCUAUAAGGAAACAAAGCCUCUUAAAAUCACUACAAUAUCAAUUUUUGUUGUUGUUGAAAUCCUUAGGCCUCCGGUUAUAUGACUGGUGGGGAGUCUUUGGUUUGGUUUAUAAAUAACUUUAGCGAUUUCUUUCAGGGAAUUUCUUGACUCAGAACGGCAAAAGUCUGAGAAUGGAAGCUCUGUAGGAUCCCCCCCACACACACUUUUACUGGGGGAAUUAUAUAUAUAAAUAAAUUCCCGAGGAAAGUGUCUUUCUCGCUUCAAAAAAUAAGUUUGAAGGACAACUUUCAAAAUUAGCAAUAAUUUGAAAGGUGAAUUACUUCCGAGUUAAGAUUGUAAAUACUCUUACUUGAGAGGCGCAAGUUUUCUUCAAAAGACCCUGACGUUCCGCCUAGUCCUAUAUUCCGAUCGUUGGGCUGCAAUCCUAUUAUACAUACUUGCCCGGGAGCAAAGUCCCAUUGAGUUCAAUGGGCCUUAUUUCAGAGUAGACCCGUAUGUGCGGCUGAACCUUGAAAAUCGCAGGGGAUGGUAUGAGUCUCUUCAUCCCCGCGUUGGAAAAUAAAUAUAGUUGGGAUUUAAUUGUUUGGUCUAAAAGGCUUGCAGAAGAAAUAGAGAAGAGCUGGGGUGUGUGAGAGAAAGGGAGAAACACCGUUAAAAUGGAAACAGAAAGUUUAUCAAAAUAAAUAAAUAAAUGGAAGUCUAGGAGGGAAGGGCGGGGAAUCAACAAAGCUUCAAACUCCCCCCCCCGCCCCCGGUAUCCAAAUCGCCUGUAUUUAUGAUUUGGGGAAAUGUUUGUAGAACGCCAAAGAGCCGCCAAUGGGAGCAGCGAAGUCGUGGUUCAGUCGCUGAUUCAGUUCUAAGCGACCCUCUCGAAGCCUUUGAAGGUCAGCUUGUGAAUGGACGGGCAGAUAAGACGGCUCAAGACGGCCUCUCUGUGAGUUCGCCAGCCCCUCAGCAGCCCGCCUUGAUAAAUUGUUGUUUUUAAGGCGAGCCCGGAGAGUCUCUCCACGCCGUCGCCCGUGCGUUUCAACGUGAGCCAGCUGUAAAUAUUAUAAAAGUUCACUUC